CGUGGGCUAGGCCUCGAAUCACGGGCUGCCAGUGGCCUGAGGGGCCCAGGCAUCACCGGACAGAGAGGCCCGUGGGCCACGUGGCAGAGGCAUCGCUUCUGACAACCUCGCCUGUGCCAGACCCUGGCCUGGGCCCGCGGAGGCCACAUGCUGUAGGUAGCACUAGCUCCGUGUCGGGAAGCUCCCAGGUGUGUCCCAGAGAACAAAGGGACUCUGCCCAGACCGCGGCCCCUGGCCUGCCAUUCCCGUUUCGCAGACCAGCCAGUUCGUGCUGCGGCCUCCUGGCGUCAUCUGCGGAGAACAUGUCCAGGCCCCCUGAGUGCCUGCUGCGGCUGCGCCGGGGAGCUCCGAGGCAGCGCGUCUGCACCCUGUUCAUCAUCAGCUUCAAGUUCACGUUUUUCGUCUCCAUCAUGAUCUACUGGCACAUCGUGGGAGAGCCCAGGGGCCAAAGAGAGUUCUCUAACUUGCCUGCCGAUGUCCCCUGCCCCCGACUGGGGCCCCCUACGCUGCUCUCCAGCACCCCGCCUCCGGGCAACAUCUUCUUCCUGGAGACGUCAGACCGGACCAACCCCAACUUCCUAUUCAUGUGCUCGGUGGAGUCGGCCGCCAGGGCCCACCCCGAGUCCCGGGUGGUGGUCCUGAUGAAGGGGCUACCCGGCGGGAACGCCUCCCUGCCCCGGCACCUGGGCCUCUCGCUCCUGGGCUGCUUCCCCAACGUCCACCUGCUCCCGCUGGACCUGGAGGAGCUGUUCCGGGACACGCCGCUGGCGGCCUGGUACGCGGCCCGGCAGCGCCGCUGGGAGCCCUACCUGCUGCCCGUGCUCUCCGACGCCUCCCGGAUCGCGCUCCUGUGGAAGUUCGGCGGCAUCUACCUGGACACGGACUUCAUCGUCCUCAAGAACCUGCAGAACCUGACCAACACGCUGGGCACUCAGUCCCGCUACGUCCUCAACGGUGCCUUCCUGGCCUUCGAGCGCCACCACGAGUUCAUGGCGCUGUGCAUGCGCGACUUCGUGGCCCACUACAACGGCUGGAUCUGGGGCCACCAGGGCCCGCAGCUGCUCACGCGGGUCUUCAAGAAGUGGUGCUCCAUCCGCAGCCUGGACGAGAGUCACGCCUGCCGCGGCGUCACCGCCCUGCCCUGCGAGGCCUUCUACCCCAUCCCCUGGCAGGACUGGAAGAAGUACUUCCAGGAGGUCAGCCCCGAGGAGCAGCACCGGCUGCUCAAGGCCACCUACGCUGUCCACGUGUGGAACAAGAAGAGCCAGGGCACGCGCCUUGAGGCCACGUCCCGGGCGCUGCUGGCCCAGCUCCAUGCCCGCUACUGUCCCACGACGCAUGAGGCCAUGAAGAUGUACUUGUGAGGGGCCCGCCGGGCCACCCUCCCCGCACCACCAGGCGCCCUGACAGAGAAGGGCUCCCGGCCACCUUUCCUGGUGCGGGCGAGACUGGAGGGCCCGGGAGAGGGAGGCCGGAGUUGCCGCAGCCUCGGAUUCGGGCAGGCUCGGGGGAGCGUGGGGAGCUGUUGACCCCAGAGGUGUGCUGGAGGAUGCGCUGCAGGCCCCCGGAUCCACUCCCUUCAGGGUGAGGCCGGUGGGACACCCCCAGGCCGGUGUGCUUUCUCAGGGUGGAGGCAACAAGUGGGGGGAGGGGGGCAGCCAGAAUCAGCUGGAGUGAGCCAGGGGAGCAUCUGGGUCUUCCGGACAACACACCAGAGCCGUGUGCGUCAAAGCGGCUUCUAGGACGUCACAGGGAGGCCAGGCUGCUGGGGGCCGAGGUGCCCACAAAGAGAACAUGGAUGGAGAAGCCCCAGAACAGGGGUAGGAAGGAGAGGGGAGCUCCUGAGGAAAGGGGGGAGGCCGCAGGGGUGCACGCCCAGCCUCAUGAGCCUGGGUUGGGGGGGCAGGGUGCUUUGCUCUUCUCUGCCUUUGGUUUCUUCUUCAGAGGAGCGGGCCUGGGGAGCCCUCUGGGGGAGGCUUGCCUGCUCGCCCCGUUCUCUCUCCUUUCCAGAGACGUUGCAGGGGUGGCAGGGGUGCCGUGCGCGGCCGGCCACUCCAGGGCGUGGUGGCCUGGAGUUCUUUUGGCUCAGGAAAAGCAUUUUAAGAAAACCACCCCCCACCCUGCCCACAAUAAACACGGGAUAAUAAACAUAAUAAAAGCAACUCCUUGACACCGAGUGCUUGGUGGUUGAUAAAAGGAAUCCACU